AUGCCCUACGCCGAGGGGUCCUGCUGCGGGAAGCCCUCGAGGCAGUGGCAGCAGCGCGCCGUUAGGGCCGUGAUGACGGAAGAAAGCAGGCUGGGGACCUUGGUCUUGAUCCUCUGCGACUCUGCCUUGACCGCCUUGUACUUGGACGGCGCGUGGAACAGCCUCCCCCGCGCUCGGGCAUUCUGGGACGACGCACGACUUGCAGAACCGGCAGCAGGUAAACCAUGCAUCGCCCGCCUUGCACAACUUAAGUUCCGGAACUUAAGAUGUGCAAGGCGGAUGCCGUCCUUGUCGAGGUUUGGGUUGCUCUGGUAUGGGGAGACCUGA